CCCCUGAAAUGAGUCAUUACAGGUACUCACCACAGAUGUCGCAUUACCCAGGUGUACACAAAAAUUGAAAAUAAUAUUUAUUGAAAAUAUUUGCCAUCAGAAAUGGAAAUCCGUAUAAUCGUCCAGUAUUUCUCAGCAAUUUUGAUCUUGUCUAAAACAGGUGAUGCAUUAAAUUGCUACCAGUGUGAUUCAACAUUGGAUCACAAUUGCCAGGAGUAUUUCAACCAUGACAAUCCCAAUGUUCCACUUAGAGCUACAGAAUGCAAGAUGUACAAUGCUAAAUUCUGUAUCAAAGCUACUGGACUCUGGGGAGGUAUUGUAGGAACACACAGGUUCUGUAGUUCUCGUGACCUUGGAGACCAAUGCCAGGACAUGAGGUUUCCUGACCACAGUCGUAAAUAUCGUGGCUGCAUUUAUACAUGUACUGGUGAUGGUUGCAACUCAGCACAUGGAAUCAACUUUUCAUUCACUCUGAUGGCUUUGAGUUUGUUGUCAGUUGUUGUUGCCAUAGUGAUGAGGAGAUGAAGCGGACAAUGAAAAUGAAAGAAAGGUUAAAUGUUGUGACAUUAUGAAAUAAAGUUAUGUGUGUGUAUAGACUGUAACCUAUGCAAUGGUGAAUGAAUGUACAAUUAAAACAGCAAGUCGGCAAAUGUUCUUCUUGUAUAUAAAUGUUUAAGUUACUGAUAACACAUGUAAUGUGUUCUGCUGAAGAGCAUUCUAGUAUUCUACACUGUAUAAGACCUUACAAAUGUAGCUUAUUGUCAUUUCAAGGUAAUUUUUUUUGGCAUAUAGCUGAUAUUUUGUAUCAUAUUUAUAUUGGAAAAGUUCACAAACAAAAUUCCAAACAUUAAAUUGAAAUUUUAAAAAAAAUGAAAUUUAAAAAUUCAUUUUUAUUAUUAAGUAAUACUGGGUGUAAUAGGUA